AUGGUGCCACGAGCCGGGAACAUGUCAUCCAUCAUCAUCAGAACCGCAGACCAAACAAAACGAAGAUUGUGUGAAGUCCUCAACGAAAUCAAGCGUCUGAACUUGGAUUCGGUCGACCAAAUGACAACAACCGACGAAACAAUCCGUCUUCAUCAGGAACGGAGAAGGAUCACCCAAGAAAAAAUCAUGCAUAUCCAAAUAUACAUAGGGGCGUUGGAAUCGGUCAAUACAGAGUGGAAACAAUUCAUCCAGCAGAUUUCGGUCUCAACAAAAAGAAAAGAAGAAGAAGAUGGAUACCUUCAGAUAAACGACGAUGAAUCAGGUAUUACCAACUUAAUUUUACAAGCAAAACAAACUGUAGUCAUUUUAAAAAUGUAUCAAAAUGAUUCGGAGUUCAUAUUACAACGGCUAAAUCAGCCUAUGGUAAGGGAGGAAACAACUCAACCCAAGGAACCCACACAAGCGGCUAUACAUCAACAAGCAAUUCCCGAUAUCCAUAAACUAAACUAUCUCAUCACAUGUCUCAAAGGAGAUGCCCUCCAAGCUAUCAGAGGUUAUGACAUAACUCCGGAGAAUUACAGUAUCGUAAGAAAUGUCCUCGUGGCACCAUAA